GGCACGAUAAGUAGUAGUAUGGGUCGACGGUUGCCAUCAUCCCAUCCAUCACUCUCCUCUCCUCUCACUCCAACAACUCCGCAGGAUCGUACUCGGCCAGCCUCCCUCCCCGGCCGGGCAGCCCCGGACGCCAUCUCCAUCGUCGCCGGCUCGCCGGCCGACCUCCCCGCCAUGUCGGCGGCGUUUAAGGCGUUCCUGAACAGCCCCGUGGGCCCAAAGACCACCCACUUCUGGGGCCCCGUCUCCAACUGGGGCAUCAUCCUCGCGAGUGUGGCGGACACCAAGAAGCCUCCUGAGAUGAUAUCCGGCAAUAUGACGGGAGUGUUGUGCGUGUACUCUGCUCUCUUCGUCAGGUUCGCAUGGAUGGUGCGGCCCCGGAACUACUUCCUCAUGGUAACCCACAGCUGCAACGAAUGCGUCCAGCUCUACCAGCUGUCUCGCUGGGCCAGGGCUCAUGGGUUGCUGGGGAAGAAGAAAGAGCCGGAGGCCCAGAGUAAAGAAGAUGGCACUAAACCUAUAGCCGCUUUGUAACACCGAGGAAACGCUCCGGAGCUUGACCAUGCUUCGAUCAUACAAUUUGUGUACUACUACCACGGACUGAACAAUGUAACAAUGUGACGUGGAAAACCCUGUUUGUUAUACAUGUUUGUAGGUUUAUUUACAGGGAACAUAUCGUUAAAAGUUGAUUUAGUGGUCCAGAUUGAAGUUUGCACGUUUUGCACAAAAAAAUUGAUUUGCACCUAAUAUAUUCCCUUAUUUACAAACUUUCA